AUGGGAACCAGGUCACCAUCAACGCUCCGUACGACCAGAUCAUCACGGUAUACUGCUGGCGAACGAAUUGAUAGGAGCCCAGAAAUGGGUCUCCUCUCAAAGCUAGCAGGCAUUGUCGUCCCUUUCGUCGGAUGGGAUCAAGAAAAGCCCUGCAGGGGCCAGCUCGCGCCUGCGUCAGCCACAGUUCGACACACGCCACAUAAACGCCUGAAAGAGGCUAGCGCGGCCUCCCGUCGCCGCCAGCUGACUUUUUAUGUCGUUGCCACGCUUACAAAGCGGCUUUUUCUUUGCUUCUUUUUCUUCUUCCUUGGUGAAGAACAUGAGAGUAAGCCGCUUGUCGUUGCACAGACCAGACGCUAUCCGUGCGCAAAUGGCGAUAAGCAGCAGCCUCCGACCUCCAUAUCACAACAAGGGAUGAAUAAUGAGCCGAACUCCGAAUGGGGAAGGUUAAGCAUAGUCUGCUGCUAA